GUCAACGCCGCUGCUGACUCAUCCUCGUCGGUCAAGAUCACCGCCCAUCAGCAAUACCACACCGAAGGCAUCGACGCAGAUGAUCUAUCACCUUCACCCCUCGCCCUGUUCCAACGCUGGUUCACCCAUGCUCAGCAACAGGGCGUCUCCCAACCGGAGGCCAUGCUCCUCUCCACCGUAGACACUUCGGUCAACCCUCCUCGCCCUUCCUCCCGCGUUGUCCUUCUCAAGAGCAUCUUGCCCGACAAGGGACUCACCUUCUUCUCCAACUAUGACUCGCGCAAGGGAAGGGAGAUCGCUGCCGACCCAUGGGUGUCGUGCGUCUUCUUCUGGGAUGGGCUGCAUCGCUCCGUCCGCUUCCUGGGAAAGGCGACGCGAGUGCCCAAGGAGGAGUCGCAGGAGUACUUUGACUCGAGGCCAGUUGGGUCACGUAUCGGCGCUUGGGCUUCACCGCAGUCGAGCGUCAUUGCAGGGGGCAGGGAGGAGCUGGAGCAAAAGGUCAGGCAGACGGAGCAGAAGUUUGGAGUUCCCGGUGCGGCGGGAUUGACAGAGAGUGACAAGUGGGAAGGCAGCGAGGAUCCCAAGAUCCCUGUGCCCGAGUACUGGGGUGGAUAUCGCAUCGACCCGUACGAGGUCGAGUUUUGGAGCGGCAGGCCUAACCGUCUUCACGAUCGUUUCAGGUACACCCGCUCAGCAGACUCGAACAAGUCGCCUGCAGAGGACCAGUGGAAGAUCGAUCGAUUGGCUCCCUGA